CUGUAGCUGUUGGUUGAGAAUAUCUCGACGUUUCGAUUGAAUUGCUUCAAUCGUCUUCAGGAGAAUAAUAUAUCUAUUUAUUUAUUUUUUAUUCUCCUGAAGACGAUUCAAGCAAUUGAGAUAUUCUCAAUCAACAUUAUUGGAAAUGAAUGAGGCAUUAGUACCAUCGAUCCAGGCUCUCACAAGGUUUGGGUUUUGAAUAAGGUGCACUCAAUUAGAAUUUUGUGUGGUGACGCGUCUAGGGUCUAUUCGUGAUAAUGAGGUUACAUGCACAUCUACAAGUGUGCAGUCAUUAUCAUUUCAGCAUCAAAAGAAGACGAGAAUAUUUUGGAUAUCGAGGCGUGUGGUAGAUGUGUUCUGAAAUUGGAAGAGCAAUAUAGAGAAAAGCAAGAAGAUAAUAAUUUACAAGAAACAAUAAUGAAGUUGAAAGAGCAAUUAGAACUAUGGAAUACCACUUGGAAUAAAUAUGCAAAAAUGGAUAAAUCACGAUGUCAAUCGAGUGAAAUAGUUGAAAUACACAAGGAAAUGUUGAAACGUAUAGAUGAAGUAUCUUAUUAUAAGCAUGAGCUAAUAAUCAAUUGGCGAGACGACAGCGGUAUAAUAACACGGCAAACUUAUGAUGACAUCAUGAGCAUGUGUGACAAGAUUAUCGAGAGGGAAAAAUCACUGGAGAAGGACACUGAGGAAAAGAAAGACACUCAAGAUGUCAAGAAAAUGAAGAAAUCCCGUUGCUGCGCCUGCUUUCGUCACUGCCUCCGGUGGUUCUGGUGUUGUGGAGCGAAGGAUGAAAACGACAAGGACGAAACAGAAUACAAAAUAGAUGGAACUGAGCAGGACGUUGCGCAGGCCGUUACGCAGAUAGAAACACAAAUUUCCUAAUACAGCAGUCUUAAUUUGUAAAGAAAUGAUUAAUACUGUAGUUGUCAUAUUAAGGGUCAUUAUAUGCAAUGUCAAAGUAUUGGUCCUUUAUCUUCACAGUCCGUGUCUUCAUCGGUAUAAUUGGUAUUAGGAAACAUAAGCUUCUAAAUAUAAUCUACACGCCAAUGUCUAAGAAUUGAUUAAUAGUUGUCAUAUUUAAGGGUCAUUAUAAUUAUGUAAUGUCAAAGUAUUGGUCCUUUAUCAUCACAGUCCGUGUCUUCAUCACAAUUGGUAUUAGGAAACAGGAGCUUCUAAAUAUAAUCUACAUGCCAAUGUCUAAGCUAUUAUUUGCUGUAUAUUUGAAUUAUAGAAAUGUUAAAUAAUUGUGCAAAUUCAGUGCAAUAUUAUAUGUGUAGUGGAUAUAAUAUAAAGUCAAACC